UUUUUUUCGUUUGUGAGCAAACACAAUUAUUUUUAAAUAAACUUAUAGAUAAAGAAACAAAAUGGCUGAAACUGGUUACGGGCAAAGAGUAACCACGACGGUCACCACGAGCACAACCGUCCAAACAAACAUACGCUUUGAUCCCUCCUAUGUGAAGACCAUACCAGGAAUACUUAAAAUUGUCCAAGCGGUGGCAAGUCUCGUGGGUUUUAUUUGUAUCCAGUUCUCGUAUCAGAACAACGCCGGCAAGGGCGUGUACUUUAGUUGGAUAGCGAUGAUAGCAUUCUGGUUCACGGGUAUCCUUCUCGGGUUCUACUUGUUCCACAUCGUUGAGAAGUUCUACAAGAUCCCGUGGCUGAAGAUUGAGUUUGUCUUCACGGCGCUGUGGACGGUGCUCCUCUUUAUAGCUGCAAUCCUGGCCGUCACUGUGCAUGAUAAUCCGCAUUCAGCGGCUGCGUUCUUCGGAUUCACGGCUACCCUCGCGUACGCCAUAGACGCCUACCUGAAGUGGCGCGCGGUGCAGGCGGGCGGCCUGGCGCAGGGCUCGCGCGUCGUGUCGCAGCAGACCGCCUCCGUGACUAGCCCGCAGCGCGUCGGCUACUAG